CUAAACCGUUAGUAGAGAUUCCUCGGGGUUGCACCGUCGACCCAGAAAGAACCCACCUGAAACGGUUCAAUCAUCUUGCCUGUAUAGAAUCUACACCCACAACCCAAAGCUCAGUUACGAAAGAAUAGAAAGAUGGUCGAAGCUCAUCAAGACCCCUCGAUUCAAUGCGGGACGAGGCGGGGACGCUUUGAAAUCAACCCGAUCGGGCUUAGUCACUCCGUGCGCGCCGAUAGCGUCAUCCAGCCAAUCAAUCAUCGCCGUCACCGCCGAAUCCCUUCCGCGUCCGCAGCUCUACUUUGCAUCCAUCUUCACAAGCAGCCAUUGCCAUUCGCCCAACUCGAAUCCCGACCCCUCCCCCCUUCAACCGCAUAGCAUGUCCUCCAAAUCCAGAUGGGCUACCGACGACGACCCCGAAACGGAAGCCAUUCUCGCCCAGCGCAAGCGUGGAAAGGAAGAAAAGCGACGCGCCAAGGCCGAGAAGCAGCGCCAGCUCGACGAGCAACAAGCUCAAGCUCAAGCUCAAGCUCAAGCUUCAGCUUCAAACUCCCACCCACAAGAUCCAGACGCUACUGCUCCGCCAAAAAAGCGGCGCCGACUUUCGAACGACCACAAUCAAGAUCAACCAACACCCACUACCACCACCAACAAUGAAUCCAACAUCCUAUCCUUCCCAACCCAAGAAUGGGGACCCUGUCGCAACAUCACCAACUUCGAGCGUCUCAACCACAUCGAAGAAGGCUCCUACGGCUUCGUCAGCCGCGCCAAAGACAUAACCACCGGUGAAGUGGUGGCGCUCAAGAAACUCAAGAUGGACAACUCCCCCGACGGAUUCCCCGUCACGGGCCUCCGCGAGAUCCAAACCCUCCUCGAAGCCCAACAUCAGAAUAUAGUCUACCUACGAGAGGUAGUAAUGGGUACGAAAAUGGACGAAGUCUACCUAGUAAUGGACUUUCUCGAACACGACCUCAAAACCCUCCUCGAUGACAUGAGCGAGCCCUUCCUCCCCUCAGAAAUAAAAACCAUCCUUCUCCAAGUCCUCUCUGGUCUCGACUUUCUUCACGACCAAUGGAUCAUGCACCGCGAUCUCAAAACCUCUAAUCUCCUCCUCAACAACCGCGGCGAAGUCAAGAUCGCCGACUUCGGUAUGGCCCGGUACUACGGUGACCCGCCCCCGAAGUUGACGCAGCUGGUCGUGACGCUAUGGUACCGAUCACCAGAGUUGCUCUUAGGGGCGGAGAAAUACAGCACUGAGAUCGAUAUGUGGAGUAUAGGGUGUAUAUUUGGGGAGUUGUUGACCAAGGAGCCCUUACUACAGGGGAAGAACGAGGUGGAACAGGUUUCAAAGAUAUUCGCCUUAACAGGCCCUCCCACGCAACAGACCUGGCCCGAGUUCAGGUCGUUGCCCAAUGCCAAGUCACUGCGUUUGCCGCCCGCAUCGUCGGCACCGGCGGGAAACCCGCCUCUACUUCCGAGGGCUAAAUUCCCCUUCCUGACGAAUGCGGGGCUGCAUCUAUUGUCGUCGCUGCUGGCGCUGAAUCCGAAUGCGCGGUUGUCGACGAAAGAGUGUCUCGCUCAUCGCUACUUCCGGGAGGAUCCACGUCCCAAGCCCAAGGAGAUGUUCCCGACAUUUCCGUCCAAGGCGGGCAUGGAGAAGCGGAGACGCCGGGAGACCCCGGAAGCGCCGAAGCGAGGACAAGAGGCUCCCAAGCUGGACUUUGCGAGUGUAUUCGGUGGCCAGAGCAACGCUGAUGCUGGAGAACAGGGCGCCGGGUUUACCUUACGUCUAGGCUAGUGUCGAACCCUGUUACCUUAUAAUGUGCAUAUAGAAUCCUCGUGUGAUUUAGCCCUUUGGAACGAGACCGCUCGAUAUCCAAAGUGCCCUGAGGCAUGACUCACUAAG